CCAGUGUACUAUACAAUCCAUGAUUAUAUAGUUUUGAGUUGUAUUGGUUAGUUAACUUUCGAUCUAUACAAAUGAAAUAGUUGUCAAAAUGAUUAUUUUAUUUAUGAAAUUGUAAUCAAUAGCGUUUAUACUGCACAAUAUAGGUAUGUGUAAUCGAUCGUGGAUAAUUAUCAUUAUGUAAAUGUAAAAUACAAAUUGAAUAUUCCGAUUUUUUUUAUAAAAAGAGUGCCAAAAUAGCUGUGGAUCUAAUUAAACAUCAAGAAAAGAACAAAAAAAAAUAAGAAGAAAGUUGGUGGUGAUUGAAAGUAAUCAAAUCAAGGUGGAAACAAAAACAGCAAGACCGACUUGCUCGGUCUUGGUGAAUGGUUUUGCAGAUUGACUCAGUGUGGGGUUGGGCGUCACCCCCGUCGCGCCUACAACUAGCUGGAGGUAGCCGAGGAGCCUCGGGAAACGUGGCUGCCCAAGCAUCCUCACAGAGGAUGGGUGAAAUGGUUGUUGAACGAGCUCCAUCGCCGGCACGCCUGAGUCAUACUUCCGAGAAGCAUCCUCGUGCUACCUUAACAGAAUUGAAUGUAUUAAGACGCCACCGAGAACUCUGUGAUGUUGUACUCAACGUUGGUGCCAGAAAAAUAUUUGCUCAUCGAGUAAUUUUGUCAGCAUGUAGUCCUUAUUUUAGGGCUAUGUUCACUGGGGAACUAGCAGAGUCUCGACAAACAGAAGUUACAAUAAGAGAUAUUGACGAAGUUGCUAUGGAGUUACUUAUAGAUUUCUGUUACACGUCUCAUAUAAUUGUUGAAGAAGCCAAUGUUCAAACACUGCUUCCAGCUGCUUGUCUUCUUCAGCUCGCUGAAAUCCAAGAUAUUUGUUGUGAAUUUUUAAAGCGACAACUAGAUCCAUCAAAUUGUUUAGGAAUCCGGGCAUUUGCUGAUACUCAUUCAUGUCGUGAAUUGCUGAGAAUCGCUGAUAAAUUUACUCAACAUAACUUUCAAGAAGUUAUGGAAAGUGAAGAGUUCCUUCUUUUACCAGUUGGCCAGUUGGUAGAUAUAGUAUCAUCUGAUGAACUAAAUGUGAGGACAGAAGAACAAGUUUUUAGUGCUGUAAUGAAUUGGGUAAAGUAUAAUGUAACUGAAAGACGUCAACAUUUAGCUCAAGUACUUCAACAUGUAAGAUUACCAUUACUAAGUCCUAAAUUCUUAGUGGGUACAGUUGGAUCUGAUUUACUUGUCCGAUCGGAUGAUGCAUGCCGAGAUCUCGUAGAUGAGGCUAAAAAUUAUCUUUUACUUCCACAAGAACGACCAUUAAUGCAGGGUCCAAGAACACGUCCUCGAAAACCAACAAGAAGAGGUGAAGUUUUAUUUGCCGUAGGUGGUUGGUGUUCUGGUGAUGCAAUAGCUUCAGUUGAACGUUUUGAUCCAAAUACUGCAGAUUGGAAAAUGGUAGCACCGAUGAGUAAACGAAGAUGUGGCGUUGGUGUUGCAGUUUUAAAUGAUUUGUUAUAUGCAGUUGGUGGGCAUGACGGUCAAAGUUAUUUAAAUAGUAUAGAAAGAUAUGACCCUCAAACAAAUCAAUGGUCUUGUGAUGUAGCGCCAACAACGUCUUGUAGAACUAGCGUUGGUGUUGCAGUUCUUGAUGGUUUUCUUUAUGCCGUUGGAGGCCAGGAUGGGGUACAAUGUUUGAAUCAUGUUGAAAGGUAUGAUCCUAAGGAAAAUAAAUGGUUCAAAGUAUCACCAAUGACAACUCGCCGACUUGGAGUAGCUGUCGCUGUACUUGGCGGUUAUCUCUAUGCUAUUGGUGGAUCAGAUGGACAAUCGCCGUUAAAUACUGUGGAAAGAUAUGAUCCAAGACAAAAUAAAUGGUCACAAGUUUCACCAAUGUCUACAAGGCGAAAACAUUUAGGCUGUGCUGUAUUUAAUAAUCUUAUUUAUGCUGUGGGUGGAAGAGAUGAUUGCAUGGAAUUAUCAAGUGCUGAAAGAUACAACCCACAUACGAAUUCUUGGAGUCCAAUCGUCGCCAUGACAUCUAGACGAAGUGGAGUUGGGCUAGCAGUUGUCAACGGUCAACUUUAUGCCGUUGGGGGGUUUGAUGGUACUGCCUAUUUAAAAACUAUUGAAGUUUACGAUCCUGAACAAAAUCAGUGGAGAUUGUGUGGUUGUAUGAAUUACAGGCGACUCGGAGGUGGUGUAGGCGUAAUGAGAGCACCACAGACUGAAAAUUAUAUAUGGUAGCUCAGGCCCCCCUCUUCGGCCCAAACGGCUGAAACACCUUUAACUCCACUGACUCCUGUAACACCACUAACACCGCUUUCUGGACCAGUUGUUUCAACUAAUAGCAGAAAACGCUAUCGACGCUCCAUGAGCAUUAUUUAAAAAUUUUUUUUUUUUUUUUUUUGCUACGGCUAAUAUUUUUAAUUUAUUCUUAAAGUCAUAUCUUACAAUUAAUUAUACAUACAUAAAUUUAUAUAAUUUUAAACAUUUCAUUGAAGUAUUUUUUUAUUGAUUUAUUGACUUGUAUAGAAACUGUUAUUUCAUUUUAAAUUCAUUUUAGAUAAUUUUUAUGAUGUUCAGCUUUAUCUCAUUUGUUUAAUGAUUUAAUUUUAUUUUUAAUUUUUUUGUGUCUUAUUAUUGGUCUAGAUUAUUUUAAAUUAUUGUGUAUAUUAUAGAGUAAUUGAUGAAUAUUAUUGACUUGGGCUAAGACUGGAAAUGCCUAAAUCUAAUUUGUUUGUUUUUCCUUUUUUAUUUAUUAAUUUAUCAUUCUAACGGUAUAUAUAAAAUAUUCAUUUAAAAAAAAUAAAAUCUUUAAAAUAUUAACGCGCCACAUAACGUCUUCUUUAUCGAGGUGUUUUGUUUAACAGCUUUUACUUUAAGAGACUUAUUUGAUUACAACUCCGUCAUUGUUUUAACAAAAAACAACCAAAAAAAGAAAAAAUUACUUUUGUCAAAAAAUUGUUUUCAUAUUAUUUUUAAAAAAUAUUUCUAUUUACAUGGCAUUAUCUUAUCGUUAUAUUUAUACAUCUAAAUCCUUAAGAAAAAAGAUGUUUCUAUAUUACAAAGUUACAGUAAAAAAAAAAGUUUUUAAGUUCAGAAAGCUGUAAAAACGUUAUAUUGAGAAAAAACUGAUUUCGUUUUUGUAAUUAACAAAUCAAAUAUACA